UGUGUCUUUAGGAGUGUGUGUUUGUCUGUGAGUGUGUGUAAGUAAGAGGGGGGAGGAGAUAUGAAGGGGAAUGGAAGAUCUGCACGUGCAUUCUGUAGAGCUAAGAGCCAAUAAAAGUGAGACAACUUCAUUGUUUUUUCUUGUGAAAUGUGGUCUAGCUACACGGAGCUGACUUAUCCCCUGUAGCACAGUGAGGUGUCUGUCACUUGGGCUUGUGGACAUUAUGGGUGCUGCAAUUCUGCUCUGGCUGGUGCCUUUCCUGUCAAUGCUGGUCUUCUCAAGCGCCCUGGGUGGGUACGUGGGUAUCGUGAAUGGCACAGUAGCCAAGCCCCACUCUAGAUCCUACAUGGUGUCUGUGCAGGAGGAGAAGCAGCACAUCUGUGGGGGCUUCCUGGUGUCUGAGUCGUUUGUCAUGACUGCAGCCCAUUGCAUCACUUGGGGGAAGAAUUUGACCGUUGUGGUAGGGGAGCAUGAUAUUAUAAAACAGAACAGUGGCAUAAGGAUCCCGGUGAAAUACUACCACAUCAACCCCGGAUACGAAUCACUUAAGAAUGACAUCGCACUUUUGCAGCUGACAAAAGCAGCAAAAAAGUCCAGCUCUGUAAAAUGGAUAUCUCUUCCUAAGAAAGAUGCAGACAUUAAGGCUGCAUCGGCUUGUAGUGUGGCCGGAUGGGGGAGAACUAAAACCAACGGGAAUGCAAGCAAAGUCCUUCUCGAGGCAGACGUGGUCAUCAUGAAAAGAGAACAGUGUCAGAAACUCUGGAAAAACAUCUCUAAAAAAAUGCUGUGUGCAAGUGGCAAAGCAGGCUUUUGCCAGGGUGACUCUGGAGGCCCUCUGGUUUGCAAGAACAAAGCAGUGGGGGUAGUGUCAUUUACAGAGAGAAACAACUGUGACAAGCCAACAAAGCCAAACGUCUACACCAGAAUAUCAGGAUAUCUGCCCUGGAUAAAGAGUGUUUUAAAGAGUGUCAAGUACUGAAAAAAUAAGAUAAAUGUUAAAAUUAAAAGAUGACCUCUUUCCAUGAUUAUUUGAUACAUUCUUUCAUUUCUUUAUAUGAUUCUAUAAAAAAUUACUAUUUUCUCAAGGUGUUCUAAACUUGGCCUGGUACAGCCAGCAAACAGACCACAGUGGCAUUAUUGAUAGCUUUACUGAUAUAAUGUCAUCAACCACGUAACUCAAUUACUGUUACCAACAUGUUUCUUGUGAAAUUCUUCAACGUGGAUUUUUAAAUAAGUGGUGACGCUGCAAAAUUGCAAACGUUCAAAGGUACACCAUGGAAACAUGUGGUUAGUACAUCAUAGCUCAGCAUGGUUUCCUGUGGGUGACUUCAUUGCUUUGGGGGAUGACAGCCUUGAUGCAGGGGUCUGUAGCUACAGGGGUCUUUACGAGAAACUGUUUAUGUCAGAUGACUGUGGUCGGAGCCACAUUGCACUCGGAAAUUGUCACAAAAAAGUCACCAAAAUGACUCAACCUUACUAAUUCAAACUGUUAUAAACUGUUACUAAAAUAAUUAUUAGAAAUUCAAUUAAAAGACAUAUAACACGUUUUAUUGUCUCAGUGGAUUUUGAUAUGUAAUGUAAAUCUUUAACACCUGUAAAUGUAAAAGUAUUCACAAGCAACUGUAUUAUUAUAUAGGUGCCUGCAAUAAAACUAUAUAUUUAAAUAUA